GUUUGAAAGGUAUAUAAAUUUCCUCUCAUUCUUAUUCCUUACUUCCACUAUCAGCUCCUUUACGCAUUCGCUUCGCAACCUUUCAAGUAUCAAUCAAAGAUUUUUCCACACAAACUAUUCAAUUCAGAUAUAUAUUCUUUCAUAACAAUGAAGUCCGCCGCCGCUCUUAUCACCGCUACGGUACUUGCCUCAACAUCCUACGCCGCAACCGUCACAUUGGAGACUACCAAGUGCAUAAGCGCCAAUACGCCUCUCUUGAAAUUCGACAUUGAGAUCGGAACUUCUAAGCCCGUCGCCAAAGAUCUUCCUUCCGUCUGCGGCCUCCGUAUUGUCUCCGCCUCGAACGCUAUCGACGUGAAGACCAUCCAAUGUCAAGCCUUCCGCGAUACCGAGGGUGCCCAGCCCGGCUCUGCAGUCUUCACAUUUGACGAGCCCGCUUUAAUCGCCACAAACCCAAUCCAAGAGAAAUCGAUCAUUUGUACUAUUUCAUCCUUGCCUAGCGCCGUUGUCGUCGAACGCCGUCAAGUCAAUAACAGCACUGCAUCGUCGGUUAGCUCGAUCUCGAGCGCUGCCUCGAGAACAGCUCAGUCUACGGUGGUCAUCACUUCGACAGCCUCCACUACUCAGAGCUCGGCUGCGGGGGAAUCGAAGAGCUCAGAGGCUCCGUCUACUAUUGUUAGGACCAUUGUUGCGUCUACGGGUUCCGAACUACCCACUUCGAGCGGCAAUGCUACAGUGCCGAGUAACACGGGUCGACCGAGUGCGACACAGAGCGGUGACAAGCCAGCAGAAUCAACCGGUGCUGCAGGAACGAUCGGAUUGGGUGUUGGUGUGGUAGCUGCUGCUUUCGCAGCGUUGCUGCUUUAGGAUGUGUUUUCGAUAGGAAAUUGCGUUGUUGGAAAGGAUACAGGGACCUAGAGUGAUUUGCAUGUUUUGCGGCAUUUGGAUGGUGUUUAUUUUUUUUAGAUAUUCUCCAUAG